GGAGACGGCAGCCCUGAGAUGCAUUUUCCUCUCCAGCGGCCAUGUUAACCAGGAAACCUUCGGCCGCCGCUCCCGCCGCCUACCCGACCGGCCGAGGAGGGGACAGCGCCGUUCGCCAGCUUCAGGCUUCCCCGGGGCUCGGUGCGGGGGCCCCCCGGAGCGGAGUGGGGACCGGCCCGCCCUCCCCCAUCGCCCUGCCGCCGCUCCGGGCCAGCAACGCUGCCACCGCAGCCCACACGAUUGGCGGCAGUAAGCACACAAUGAAUGACCACCUACACGUCGGCAACCACAGCCAUGGACAGAUCCAGGUUCAGCAGCUGUUUGAGGAUAACAGUAACAAGCGGACAGUGCUCACAACACAACCAAAUGGGCUUACAACGGUGGGCAAAACGGGGCUGCCGGUGGUGCCGGAGCGGCAGCUGGAGAGCAUCCACAGACGGCAGGGGAGCUCCACCUCUCUGAAGUCUCUGGAAGGCAUGGGGAAGGUGAAAGCCACCCCCAUGACACCCGAGCAAGCGAUGAAGCAAUACAUGCAGAAACUAAGCAGCUUUGAACACCAUGAGAUUUUCAGCUACCCUGAAAUAUACUUCUUGGGUCCAAACGCAAAGAAGCGCCAGGGCAUGACAGGCGGGCCGAACAACGGUGGCUACGACGAUGACCAGGGAUCCUACGUGCAGGUGCCUCACGAUCACGUGGCUUACAGGUACGAGGUCCUCAAGGUCAUUGGGAAGGGGAGCUUUGGGCAGGUGGUCAAGGCCUACGACCACAAAGUCCACCAGCACGUGGCCCUGAAGAUGGUGAGGAACGAGAAGCGUUUCCACCGGCAGGCGGCCGAGGAGAUCCGCAUCCUGGAGCACCUGCGGAAGCAGGACAAGGACAACGCCAUGAACGUCAUCCACAUGCUGGAGAACUUCACCUUCCGCAGCCACAUCUGCAUGACGUUCGAGCUGCUCAGCAUGAACCUCUACGAGCUCAUCAAGAAGAACAAGUUCCAGGGCUUCAGCCUGCCUUUGGUUCGCAAGUUCGCCCACUCCAUCCUGCAGUGCCUGGAUGCUUUGCACAAAAACAGGAUAAUUCACUGUGACUUGAAGCCCGAGAACAUUUUAUUAAAGCAGCAGGGUAGAAGCGGGAUUAAAGUGAUUGAUUUUGGCUCCAGUUGUUACGAGCAUCAGCGGGUCUACACGUACAUCCAGUCCCGUUUUUACCGGGCCCCGGAAGUGAUCCUCGGCGCCAGGUACGGCAUGCCCAUCGACAUGUGGAGCCUGGGCUGCAUCCUAGCGGAGCUCCUGACUGGAUACCCCCUCUUGCCUGGGGAAGAUGAAGGGGACCAGCUGGCCUGUAUGAUUGAACUGCUGGGCAUGCCCUCCCAGAAACUGCUGGAUGCAUCCAAACGAGCCAAAAAUUUUGUGAGCUCCAAGGGUUAUCCCCGUUACUGCACCGUCACGACUCUCUCAGACGGCUCCGUGGUUCUCAACGGAGGCCGUUCCCGGAGGGGGAAACUGAGGGGCCCACCGGAGAGCAGAGAGUGGGGGAAUGCACUGAAGGGGUGUGACGAUCCCCUUUUCCUUGACUUCUUAAAACAGUGUUUGGAAUGGGAUCCUGCGGUUCGCAUGACCCCUGGCCAGGCUUUGCGGCAUCCCUGGCUGAGGAGGCGGCUGCCAAAGCCUCCAACGGGGGAGAAGACGUCAGUGAAAAGGAUCACCGAGAGCACUGGUGCUAUCACAUCCAUUUCCAAGUUACCUCCACCUUCCAGCUCAGCUUCCAAACUGAGGACUAAUUUGGCACAGAUGACAGAUGCCAAUGGGAAUAUUCAGCAGAGGACAGUGUUGCCAAAACUUGUUAGCUGAGCUCAGUCCCCCCCGAUGCUGGUAAUUCUGAAAGAUACGACAUUGCUGAGCCUUACUGGGUUGAAAAGGAGUAGCUCAGACCUGUUUUUAUUUGCUCAAUAACUCGACUCAUUUGUAUCUUUUUGGCACUUAUUUUAAUGUAAGAAAGUUGUUUGUUUUGUUUUUAUAAAAUACAUGGGGACAAUGCUUUAAGUUUUUCUACUUUCUGAAACUGUUUUUGUGUUCUAAAAGUACGAUGAGCCUUACUGUAUUUAGUGUGGCAGAGUAAUAAACAUCAGUGGCAGGCCAUUGAUUACGUCAUGACUGCCGCGCAUCUACAGAUUGGUGUCAAAGACGUUCACUACGUGUUCAUGGUUCAUAGUAUAUUCUCCCCAAGGUGAUUGCCUCCGAAGGCCCCCCUUCUCUCUCCACGCUUCAGGUUCAUGCACAGGUGCAGCCUGUCCUGCUUCCGUUUGCCAUAAGUUACCCAGGUGGUAGUGAUGGUGGGAGGAGAAUGGUCAGGAUGAAGAUGAUAUUCUAAGAAAAACUGCACCUUAGAGAUUUUUCCCUAAAAUAGUGCUCAAAGACAAAAUACAAUCCCCACAGUUGAAAUGCCCAGUUAGCAUUCUGACAUUCUAACGGCCGGCCAAGCAGACCUGGUGGAUGAAUGGAAACGUGUGUUCCUCCAGAUUCUCCAGUGUGAUCAGCGAGCUGUUUUGCAAAGAAGCCUUGUUUAACAAAAUUGGUUUUGCACCUAAAUUUAGAAAUGUAUUACAUGAACUGUUCCUCCCUUCUCUUUGCUUUUCUCCCUGCUGUUCUUCUUUCACCACACAUCUGUUGCUUACAUUUAAUUUCUUUUUCUUCCUUCAAAUAUAUAUCCCAGACUCCUAAUACAGAAGAGAGACAUUUUAGCUGUGAUUAUGACCAUCUUUUCAUGUUCCAGUUUAAAAAAGAACAGCCUAGCUACUUAAGGUGGGGAUUUCCAUAGCUCCAAAGACGGUUUAGCAGAUUAGACUGAGUUCACACUUUUCACGUGCCACAGUAAGGUUCUCUUAGCCUGGGAAAACAUCAACUCUUUAAAAAGAGAGAGGGUUGAAAAUCCUCUUCAUGAACAGAAGUCAUUGUGCUUGUUCAGCAAGGCCAAUUUUAACAACAAAUUCGAAGGAGGAAAAGUUCAGCCUCAAGUUAAAUGGUUUGAUUUACUCUAUGCAUCAUUAGAAGA